GCUAUAAAAAUUAUGAAUAUAAUCGAAAACUGACCCAAUUUUCUCGUGGGUUUGGGAAAAUUUUCUCCGGUCAAGAACUAAUUCUGGGCUUGGUCUAAAUGGGCCUGGGCCUUCUAAAUCCAUUUCGUGUCAAACUAAAAAUUCUAAAUCCAACAGAAAGAAAAAAAAAAAAAAAAAGCUCAGAGAAAACCCACCAGAUAACUCUCUCCAUCACUACACUACACCAGCAGAAAUUCCAAGGUUUCUUGACCUGCUACAUCAGUCGCAGAGGCAUAUAAGCAAGCAGGGAGAGAGACAGAGACAUGGGCAGGUCUCCAUGUUGCGAGAAAGGUCAUCCAAAUAAAGGAGCUUGGAGCAGAGAAGAAGACGAGAGACUCAUAGCCUACAUUCAAGCUAACGGCCAGGGUUGCUGGAGAUCUCUCCCUAAAGCCGCCGGUCUUCUCCGCUGUGGCAAAAGCUGCCGUCUCCGGUGGAUUAACUACCUCCGUCCUGAUCUUAAGCGCGGCAACUUCACCCCUGAAGAAGAAGAGCUCAUUAUCAAGCUCCACAGGCUUCUAGGCAACAAAUGGUCUAUCAUAGCAGGGAGAUUACCGGGAAGAACCGACAACGAAAUCAAGAAUUACUGGAAUACCCAUAUAAGGAGAAAGCUGCUAACCAGAGGUGUUGACCCAUCAACUCACCAGCCAAUCAACAAGGCAGGAAACCUUCGUAGAACGAAACAAGGAGAUGAAGAAGCAGAAGAGAAGAUCAUCUGCAAUGGCGGAUUCGGGAUCCAAAACCAGAAGAAUACAGAUAGAGAAAAGUGUCAUCAAGAACUGAACCUAGAGCUCAGGAUAAGCCUACCAACAAAUCCAGUAGUGACUCAGCCAUUUGAGAAGAGAGGGAGGCAGAAAGUUCUCUGCUUUUACUGCAGCCUGGGUUUGCCGAACAAUAAAGAGUGCAGUUGCAGUAGCAGUGAAGGUGGAAGAAACGGUGCCUUGGAUUAUAGAAAGUUGUAGGUAAUUAGAUACGAAAACAGAAACUAAUUGUAUAAAAAGACGACACUUAAAAAAUCUCUUUGAGCUUCUUUCUUUUAUUCUCCGCCUUGUAUAUAUUGGUUUAUGGAACUGUAAAAAGAAAAACCUUUCCCUU